UCCCAGUCAUGUCCAUCACCUAAAGGCGACAUAUACACGGCCUCACCACCUCGUGGCCUCACACUCCUUCCACUCCCCACUGGUCCAACUAUCACAGUCACAGAUCAGGAGUAUCAAUCAGAGAGGUGGUAGAUAGCCAGAACAUGGCGGACUGGGCCCCGGUGUUCGUCGGGCUGGCCCUAUUCAUCCUCCUCUCGCCGGGGCUGCUGUUCCAGAUCCCCGGCAAGGGCAGGAUCAUGGACUUCGGCGGCUUCCAGACCAGCGGCAUCUCCAUGCUCAUCCACGCCGUCAUCUACUUCGCCCUCAUCACCAUCUUGCUCCUCGCCGUCCGCGUUCAAGUCUUCCUUGGUUGACCAGCAACUGCUUCCUUAUCACUUUCAAGCCUCCUGAUUUUGCUUGUAGAGGGGCACUGGCGCCCAGUUUGAUGUUCAGUGGGCCAUUUAGUUGAUGAUUUGCUAUUUUCUAAAGAAUGUAUAGUUUGAGUUUUCAUGUACACUGCUUCUGAUGGU